CUUCAAGAUUUGUGACAACACUGGUUCACUUUUUUCAGCUGGACUACUUCCUUGAGUGAAAAUUGUUUUGAAGACUAAAUUCUGUGAUGGUAUUCAAUGCUAUUGUAGGCAGCUCUUUUACCUAGACUCUUUCUUAAAUCAGUACAUCACUGGUCAUUACCUUUUGUUUUGAGUGACAAGACAGCAAUUAAAGCAUGGAAAUAGAGCAUAAAGGAGGCUGCCAUUGUGGAGCUGUGAGAUUUAAAGUACAAGCUCCCCCUCUUGUACAUGUAGUUAAAUGUAACUGUAGUAUUUGUGUUCAGAAAGGCCUAGCGUGCUGCAUUGUUCCUUAUUCCAAGUUCACCUUAUUACAAGGAGAAGACAAUUUGACUGAAUAUCGCUUCAAUACAAUGGUCGCCAAGCAUACAUUCUGUAAAACAUGUGGAGUGGAGAGUUUUUAUACACCUCGUUCCAAUCCAGAUGGAAUCAGUGUUUCUAUUCAUUGUAUUGAUCCUGGAACAGUUGCAGGAAUUGAGUUGGAAGAGUUCAAUGGUCAGGAAUGGGAGGCUUCAUUUGCUGCUUCUGAUAUCUCCAAACUUUCUAAGUAACAAUAAUGCCAUCUGAUUCUGGAAGAAGUGGAAACAGAGAUACCUAAGGGUUCUGUACACUCCGGUAAUUAAAACCCAUGAAAUCCUUAAUAACUAACAUUUUGAAUAUAUAUACAUAAGCUUCAUUUAAAUAGUUGUGAUUUUAAAUAAAGAUGCUUUUGUCACAAAAAUGUUUUGUCUGAUGUGCGUAAAAAAUGGAUAUCGUGGGAAACCGGGGUACGAUCCAAUUAGAAAACUGUUUCCAUAUU